CGCCGGCUCUGCUGGAGGAUCCCGAGAGGUACUGAGGCCGCUGCACAACCUGGCACUGCCUGAAGAAGAGACCUCGGAGACUGCACCGCGCUGUUGGAGGCUUCUCAAACAUUCUGCGGCCCGAGGAUCCAGUUCAACUGAGAUGCUAUAGGACAUGUUCUUGUUUUUGCAUUGCACCAAGACCUUCCUGGAAUUUUUCAGAAGCAAGUUUGCUUAACAACCAAUUUUGCACUGAGUGCCUAUGCUGCUUGUACUCUGUCUGAAUUUGCACUACUUAGCUAGUGUAGUCAAAAUUGAAAUUGCACACAGCACAGCUCAAGUUUGCAUCAGACUGGAAAGUGAACAUAAGCCUAUGGUGCAUGGCUGGAGACUGGGAAAGGUGAUAGAUGUCUGAAGUAGAAGAGGUGGUGCAGAGGGGGCACUGCCCAUGCUGCCCUGCUUCCAGCUUCUGCGCAUAGGGGGCGGCAAGGGCGGUGAUCUCUAUACCUUCCACCCCCCCACUGGUGCUGGCUGCACCUAUCGCUUGGGCCACAGGGCUGACCUGUGUGAUGUGGCCCUGCGGCCCCAGCAGGAGCCUGGCCUCAUCUCUGGGGUCCACGCCGAGCUGCAUGCUGAGCCCCGGGGUGAUGACUGGAGAGUCAGCCUGGAGGACCACAGCAGCCAAGGGACUUUGGUCAAUAAUGUCCGACUCCCAAGAGGUCAUAGGCUAGAGUUGAGUGAUGGGGAUCUCCUGACCUUUGGCCCUGAAGCGCCCCCAGGAACCAGCCCCUCAGAGUUCUACUUCAUGUUCCAACAAGUCCGGGUCAAACCUCAAGACUUUGCUGCCAUUACCAUCCCACGGUCUACGGGAGAUGCCGGGGUUGGUUUCCAGCCCAUGCUGCCUUCCCAGGGGGCUCCACAGCGGCCUCUCAGCACCCUCUCUCCCACCCCCAAGGCCACACUGAUCCUCAACUCCAUCGGCAGCCUCAGCAAGCUCCAGCCCCAGCCACUCACCUUCUCCCGGAGUGGGCCAAAAAGCAUGCCUGUUCCCACUCCACCUGGAGAAGUAGGGACUACCCCUUCUGUCCCACCCCCACGAAAUCGGAGGAAAUCUGUUCACCGAGUGUUGGCAGAAUUGGAUGAUGAGAGUGAGGUUCCUGAAAGCCCCCCACCAGUCUUUAUGGAGCCCAGGAAGAAACUCCGUGUAGAGAAAGCCCUUCUGACACCCAGUGGAAAUCGCCGUGGCCGUCCUCGAAAGCACCCAGUGAGUGUCCCCACGGCGCCCCCUGCAGGUGGGGGAGGGGAGCCCUGUGCAGCUCCGUGUUGUUGCUUGCCUCAAGAGGAGACAGUGGCCUGGGUUCAGUGUGAUGGUUGUGAUGUCUGGUUUCACGUGGCCUGUGUUGGCUGCAGUAUCCAGGCUGCCAGGGAGGCUGACUUCCGAUGCCCAGGGUGCCAUGCUGACACCUAGACCUAAGGCCUACCCACCAGAGGACACAGCUCCAUUUUGCAGAAGGACACAGUG